CCUUCCCUAAGAGGUUGUCAGCCAACCAUGACCUGCACAGAACUCACCUGGGAAUUUUGUUCAAACGCAACCCUUGUCUGAUUCCACCGGCUCAGGACCCAAGACUUCAGCUCAGAGAACCUUCCGGGUGAACCAAGGUGGCUGGCUCAGGCCCUCUUGGGUCUCUUUUCAAUCCUUCCUGCACGGGGAGAUCACACAGGUACAAAACGUGAAGAACGUGUCUAUAUGCUCCCUACUCCUCAGAAUUGGUGGAACAAGGUUCUUCGGGGCCGGAUAUUGCCCUUGGGGGCCGGACACUCCCCUGGCCGGCGAGUCAGAGUUAAUGCCGUCCCUCUCAAGGCUCUGAGACCUUAAGAGCCCAGUCCAGGAGAUCUUGCCUCUGCAGUGAAUGCAGCUUCAAGGACCUGUCUUUGUGGGUGUGCCCCUCCUGGGGCCUAUCCUGAUUUGGAUGUUCACUGGUCAGAUACCCAAUUGGUGUGAAGAUGAGAGGAAGCUGCCUUGGUGCCCACCCUACAAGGUCAUACUGCUGGUAUGGGCAAUCAUCUACUCCGUCAUGGGCUAUGCCUCCUACCUGGUGUGGAAGGACCUGGGAGGGGGCUUCCGAUGGUCCCUAGCACUGCCCCUUGGCCUCUACAUUUUCCAACUCGCCCUCAGCUGGACAUUCUUGAUGCUCUUCUUGGCAGCCAACAGCCCUGGGCUGGCCCUCCUGGACCUGUUGCUGCUCUAUGGGCUGGUGGCAAGCGUGGUGCUUAUCUGGCAGCCCAUCAACAAGCUGGCUGCUCUGCUCCUGCUACCCUACCUGGCCUGGCUCACUGUGACCACCACCAUCACCUACCGCCUGUGGAGGGACAGCCUAUGUCCCGUGAACCAGCCCGAGCCACCCGAGAAGACCAACUGAGGCACCAGGGGACAGGAGGGGAAGGAGGAUGGCCAGAGGUAGAAGCAGCUGUGGAGCUGGGAACACUUGACGGGGCCCCUCUCCUAGAUCUUCCUGUUGCCUUUCUCCUUAGAUGUCAGAGAAAUA